AUGGAGCCGGGAUAUAUCAACAUCGCCGAAAUCGAGUUCAUUUGCGAUGCAGGCCCUUUGACUAUGGUUGUCAUGAAAACUUCCUACUUUGAUCAGCAGAGGGUGGAGAGAAAAAGAAGAAGAAGAAGAAGAAAAGGAGAUGGGGGAGAUUUGCUCCUAGAUGAGAAGAGAAAAAUCUAUACAGACUUUAAAAAAAAAAUCAGGGUUUAAUCUGAUGUUUACAAACCUUUGAAAUCUGAAUUAAGCUUCCUAAAAGGUGCCCAACACCAGUUUGGAUGGUGCACCCCCUUGCUUCUUUUUUUAAAAAAACAAAGCAAAACAAAACAAAAAAAUAAAAGCACAGUACAAGUAUCCUCCUUUUUCUCAUCCUUACAGUGGGGAAGUAUCGUAGAAGAGUAUGAAGAUGAAAUAUUCUCACUUAUCGCCCAAGAGGCAGACUAUCUAGCUGACAAGCUGUGCAGUGAAAAAUCAGGUACUGUGUCUGAUGUAACAUGUGCUCUCUCUGCAGCGGUGUGGGGUUGUGUUGUUGGGUUUUUUUCAAACCCAGCGUACUGCUUUGGAGAAGUGGGCUGUUGUUGAAUAAGCAAUGACACUACAUGACUUUUUAAAAAGCAUCCCUUUUUUUUUUAAAAAAAAAGGCUUUAAAUUCUUUUAGUUCUUUUGUAUGUUAAUGCAGGAUAAUUUGAGCAUCCCAGCUAACAUUUGGCAUGU